UAGUUUCUGGCCCCGCUCCCUUCUCGCGGUCCCUCCCCUUUGGAAUGUUACGAAAGCGGGCAGCAGCGUGUUUUGUAAUCCAGGCGGCUCAGCCAAUAGGGAGUGUUGUAGUGUGUCAUGUGACCGUGUGUGUGGACGGUUUAUGUAAUCCAGGCGGCGGCGCUGGCUGUCAGUGUGGAGGUGUCUUUGUUGGGGAGCGCGGUGACGGUGGCCGGUGAGGUCCAUGGCUGUGGCCCUCGGAAGCAGUGAGGCCAUGCUGGCCCUGAAGGAAGCUCUAGACAGCUACUCGUCCCCCUCCGGCCCGCGGCAGCUCGGGGCCCUGGUGGACUACCUGCUGCGGCAGUACCGGGCCUGGAGCGGGAGCGAGCCGGGGGCGGCGGCCGGCCCCCAGUCCACCCUGAGCUGCCCGGGCUGUGACGGCUUCCUGCGGGACCCCGUGAGCGCCCAGUGCGGACACGCGUACUGCUGGCCCUGCCUGAGGGGGGAGCCCAGGACACAGUGCCGGCUGUGCCGGGGGGAUAUGGGCCGGCCGCCCCGCAGGACCUGCGUGCUGCUCAAACAGCUGGCUGACAAAUGGUACCCGCAGCCCGGGGGCCAGGGUGGACAGGAGCGGGCUGUUACCGAGCUGCUUGCGGCAGGAGAGCACCACAAGGCGCUGGGAGCCAUCCAACAGGCUGUGCAGACAGGUCAGUAACGCUCACAUCUAUGGCUGAGGGUGAUAGGAGUGUCAGUCCAUGGGCCAGACCCACAUAUCUGGCUCUGGGUGUAAGGAGUGACUGAUGGUGAUAGGAGUGGGAGCCAUCCAACAGGCUCUGCAGGUCAAUGACAGUUCACAUCUCUGGCUGAGGGUGAUAGGAGUGUCAGUCCAUGGGCCAGACCCACAUAUCUGGCUCUGGGUGUAAGGAGUGACUGAUGGUGAUAGGCGUGGGAGCCAUCCAACAGGCUCUGCAGACAGGUCAGUAACGCUCACAUCUAUGGCUGAGGGUGAUAGGAGUGUCAGUCCAUGGGCCAGACCCACAUAUCUGGCUCUGGGUGUAAGGAGUGACUGAUGGUGAUAGGAGUGGGAGCCAUCCAACAGGCUCUGCAGGUCAAUGACAGUUCACAUCUCUGGCUGAGGGUGAUUGAAGUUGUAAUCCAUGGAUGUGGGUGAUUGACCCAGGAACCAGUGAUGAUACCCAGUGAAGCGAAAUCCUGGGGAAGAUUCUAAAAAGUGGAGGAAUCAGCCGCAAUAUUGUUUGUUGCCAUGGUGACUGCUCCACAAUGGGGACACUUUAAUAAAUAGCAUCACUUGGGUCUGGAGAUUGUGGAGGCUGGUGACUUCAGCUCCUGCAGCUCUUCUUAGAAGUACUGAAAAAAUAGUCAUAUUUUUCUGGUGUUGCAUAACUCACAUAAUGCAUGGAUCCAGGAUUGUGGCGGUAAUGGAUGAAAACAUGUUUGUUUUACAAGCCUGCUAUCAGUUCCUAGUUUACCGAAGCUGUUGCUGUCACAAGUUUGGUUUAGAAAGGUUUUUUCUUGUUUUUAAAAAAAAAAAAAAAAAAAUUUUUAUAGCAUUAGUCAUUUUAUUUUUUUUUGUGCUGCUUCUUUUUUUAUUUUUUAGUACUUGUCUAUAAUGCCAUCAGUUAUGCUGUGUUAUGUUAAUUUUAUAGAGAACUGCUCCUUGUGUUUUUACUACAUAAUUAUAAAAUACACCUUCAUUAUUUGGUGUAAUGUGACAAAUGAAAAAGUGAACUUUCACCUAGGCCAAAACAAUUUUUGGGUGGGUGGCAAGGCUUUGCGUUGGGUUAGCCCAGUGCUCUCAGCAUCAUUGUUCUCCAAAAGUCAGAGAUAUAGUGAACAACGCUUUGACAAUAAUCGGAGGGAACUCUUGCCUCGAUUAUUCUUUUUGUAUGUGUGUUCGCCACUAAAAGUGUAUUGCCCCAAGUAUGGUAGAUUAACACCCCUGGAGAUUGAUGCUUGAUAAUGGACAGCUCACACAUUUGCUAGCAGUAAGUGUUUUUGUUUUUUUUUUGUUUGUAUUUUUUUUUUGUUUUUUUAAAUGGGCACUUAAAAAAAAUUAUAAGCACUGUGGCCCAGUGUAUAGGAAAAAUGAUCUUUCGCGAUGGGUGGAGCUUAAAGUUCCAUUUAAGUUGCUUUACCCACAAUCCAUCAGUCACAAGAAUUCCACAUAAGGACAAACUACGGUAACUGCCACUACAGACAGAGGAAAACAAAAUUGUGGCAUCCACAAUUGAGACCUGGAGCAGAGAACAAAAUAUAAAUCUCUCUAAAGAAGGACAAAAAAAAUGGCAGCUGACAUUCCUAGUCAAUGAAUAAUCACUAUAUAUUGACAAAAUGGAUUUUGCAAAUGUGAACAUGAGAACUUCCAGAAGCACAUCCCCUCUGCCCUCUUCAGACUGACUAAUGAAGAAGCAUUAACAUGGGCAGCUGUGAUUGGCCAAGAGUGUCAAUUGACCACCUUCAGCCUAUUACAACAACCAGUGCUGGUAUAAAUUGGUAUGUCUAGAAGGAAGUGCGUAAUCUCUAGUACCAGCGGGCUGUGUUUAGCCAGGGAUCCUUGUGUGAGGUUAAACUGGGCACCCUCAGGGCACUAUAAAAGGACCACUAUAGACCACCUAUUAAAGGACCACUAUAGUGCCAGUAUGUUUUCCUGGCACUAUAGUGGUCCUUUAAUAGCAUUUGUAGUCUAAUGACUCCAUAAACACUAUAUAAUGUAGUGUUUAUGGUUCCUAGACUGCUCUUUUAAAGCUAUAUUUAGGAAACUGGUCCUAUUGUUCCACUGUUUAGCAUAAAUGGAAUAGAGCCUUGAAUUAACUGUUUUUCUUAAUUUAAUAAAGAGCAAGUGUUUUCAGUUGUUGAAGUCUCUCUUUGGAAUCCUUACUAGCACAUUCAUAUAUUUUAAGAAGACCUCUAUGUACAGUAUUAAACUUUUUUUUUUUUUUACUACUUUAAAACUGCUGGGUUUAUUGUUAAGCACUUAAUAGUAGUGAUAAUAAAAAAACAUAUAGGGCACAGCAUGAAAAAGUGUGUGCGCGGUGGGGGAUCAACUUUGAGGAAAUAAUCAUGACUAAAGUAGCAUAGCUCUGUUAAUGUAGGUCCCUUUUCUUUGUAACUUUUGCAUUUUGCUCAUCCUCUGUUUAUUAAUCCACAGCAUUAAUCCAUAGUAUAUCUACUAAUUUACAUUAGAUAAGGUAUGCUUUAUUUUGAUGGGGCUGCACGAGUUUCCUAUUAUACAGCACCAUGAGUGCUGGUGAUUAGUGUGUACUGUGGCAGUAUGAAAUAUAGAAGUAGUUUUAUACACUGCAGUGAAGUGGUUUUUAAGUUAUGUUAAUGUACUAUGAAGAGGAUAAUGUAUACUUUGUAUCUUUAACAUUGUAUGUGUCUAUUACUGGCAACAGUUUUUUUGUUUUUGUGUGUGUUUUUUGUUUUUUCUCACUUCUCCCUUUCUCUUGUGUACUCCCACGCUGAUCACGUGACCUCUGGUUAUGAAACUCUUAUUUUUCUGAUGUCAUAUGUUAUACAACUAACACCUCAUUAUACAAAGCCUAGAACUGAGGGAUCAGCAAAAGUAGUAGAGUAUUUCAAAAUAUUUGAGUAACCUGAAACAGAUUUAUCUGUAACUCGUUACAUGCAAAUAGUCCUCAAGGGAAAAAAUAGAUGUAAAGCAUAGACUUUAUUUCAUAUUGGUGAAAAUCUUGGUAAUGUCUGCAGCACUACAGAGUUUAUUUGUUUUUCACUCUUAAUGUUAUGUAACCUCAAAUUUACUUGUCUGUAGUUUGAUUUUUGAUGUAUAUUUUUUCUAAUUUGAGUUUUUUUUUAUAUUAUGAUUAAAUGUAUACUUAAUAGCAUUUUUCUUUCUUUGUCGUACAGAUCAAAACAACUUGAACUUGCGUAUUUACAGAGCUGAAGCUUACACUGCACUAUGUGAAUUUGGUAAAGCUCAUGAAGAGCUAGACUUUGUCCUUUCAAAGCAGCGAAACUGGCCAGAGGUGAUUGUGGUUAUAAAAUCUGAAUUGCACUUUACGCUUUGCUGUACCUAUUAAUAAAGUCGGCCAACUUUGAUUAAAACUAGCAUAAUAAAAUAAAUGUUUGAAGUCUUUAUACAUAACACUAUGUUAAGUGGGUUCCUGAAGCCAGAAUUUUGGGAUUAAACCCCAUUGUAUUUGUAUUGCAUUGCAUAUAAUCCAUUUAAGUUUUAAAUGUAAAAUGUGUUCUUUGCACAGGUUUACUUUAAGAAAGCAAAAAUUCUGCAAGACACAGGUCAUAUGUAUGAAUCCUUGACCUUUUACCUGCAGUGCUUGGCAAUGGAUGAAGAAUUUGUUUGGGCCAAAUCUGAGAUUGAAAAGGUUAGUGUGUUUUUUUUUUUUUUUUUUUUUUUUCUCCAGUGCAGCUUUUUAAAACUUGUUUUUUUUUUUGUUUUUUUUUUAACAACCUACCAUUGUCUCAAUUUGUGAUGCGUGUUUACCUUCUAAAGUAUCCGUGAACUUUAAUAUCUUCCGAGCUAUUUCAUUUAAGAGUUCCUCCAAGCACCAUUGCCAGUUUAUUGUUUUAAAGUGGUCAUAGUGCUUGGAGUCCGUAUGUGCAGCGUUUCACUAUGAAACGGUGCACCUACUGAGAUUAACCCCUGUGCACUUGAGAACUGUAACUCCAUCUCUGGCAGUGUCUCUGGAUUCCAGGCUGACUAAUGUCAAUUCUUUGGAACUUUCCAUGCACAAAAUUGCAAUACAUGGUUGAGAGCAGUCAGCUGAUGCCUUCAGCCAUUCAAUGCCACAUAUGAUCAUAUUUGGUUUCUGCAGCUCUGCAGAAGCCUGAUAUUGUGUAUCCUAUUUCGGAGCAGACUAGGAGCCUAGUGAGACCCAAGUAAGAGGGCAAACCAUUUCUCUGUUUGCCCCAUUACUAGGGUAUAGGGCCAGUGUACUCCUGGCAUCAUGACCACUACAGCAGGACUUUAAAGCAGAAACAAAGGUAAAAGUAUUUAAGUUUUUUUGUUGUAUAAUUCGUAGAACAAACCUAAUUAUGUGUCACUGUCACUUUUUUGGCGGGGCUUGCAUCAUGUGACACUCUGGGAGAAAAGGGGACCGGUACAUGCAUACCAUAAGCUCUCUCUCCUUUUGGGUCAUCAUCUCCUAUUUCCGGUCUAUCUCAAGCUCCUGGCAGAUGGAGCCUCAUCAUUGCUAUGCUUUCGCAUAUGUACAAAAAAAAGGGUCUAUAUAAUAUUCCAAUAAUCGGAUCCUUCCACAGAUCUUCUUGCGCAUUUUCAAUGAGAUACUAGUUAAAGUUCUUACUUUGUGUUAUAUCUUUUUUUUUUAUUCUGUUAGAAUUUUAAAUAAAAUUGAUAUUCCAGAGCUAGAAGUUUUAACACCAGGCAUUGCAAAAUUUAUACUUUUUAAUAAAUGUUAAAUUUUUCACACAAAAAAAACCAGCAUGACCAUUUUUGAAAAACCGAGGACAUUGGCCAUCUAAAAUAGAAAUGUUGGAAUGUCUAAAUAAAAUCCUUGUGGCAUUCACUCAACAGAUAUUACGGGACUUCUUAUCUCCUGUACCAGAGAAUGUAGAAGGUAUCCUGAAGGACCUUGAAAGGACUUCCUUGCCAAACACACCACUGAAGCCUUUUGUCCUGGGGUCGGAUAAAGAAGCACCUGCAUAUAGUUUACAUCCUUUUUCGGAACAGGUAACUUGCCGUCCAACAGUCAGACAGCUAAAGAAUAUUGUAUAAAACAUUCCUAAUGGGGUGAAAACGAAGGAGAGUCUCACAAUAACAUUUGUAUAAUGGAGUAUGGAGAUUCUAAAAAGAAACCUUCAAUAUAAAAGUACUACUGUGCAAACAUCUUAUCAAUACAAACAUAGAAGAAACUCUGGUAGAUCAGAAGCAAAAUAAUCUGCAUUUUUGUUUUUUAAAAAUGUGACACUCCAGUCCCCUGCAUGUUUUAAUUGCAUAUUUUCUUUAAUGCCUUACAGGAUGCAGGAAUAUCAAAAUCGGUGAACACUAUCGGCAGAAGUGACCUGCAGUGGCCACAGUCGAAUCAUGCUGUAGAAAUAUCUGCCAAGGAUGAAAGCUUGAAAAGGGUGUCGUCAGAACCCCUCUUAUCCAGUCACAAUAAGGGAAUUUUGCUAAAGAGAAAAUUCUCUCUGUCUGAACAAGAUUUGAAUAUAUGUCAAGAUGGAUUGAAGAAACAUAUCAAAAAUGAGGGUAAGAGCCCUGAGUGAUGAUAUUUCCUGACUACCUAUAGUGUUUCUCUUUAAAGUUAGGUUUAUGAUUUAAAGCCAAAUGACAGAUGAACAUGUUGGGUCAUAAUUAAUCCCAUAGUGUCACUGUGAGUUUUCCCACCUGAUGAAUACGUAACACCCAGCAGAUUUCAUAUUUACACAUUAAGAGUAUCAUGUUUAAAUAUAUUACAGAACUUAACAGUGUUAGAUAUUUUUUUGGGGGGGCUACCUUUAUUUAUGUUUCAAUGUACUCUUUCAUUGUACAAAGUUCCCAAUUCUAGUAAUUACAAUGGUGGAAUAUAAAAUCUAUGGUUUAAUGUGCAUCAACCUUUUACAAAUCCAUUGUCCUCUGGUCUAUAUGUGCAAGUUUAGUAAGAGCAAAACUGCCUGAGUGACCGACUCUAGAGGUGUCCUUAAAAACAAAUGUAAGCAUUGCCUUUUCUCAGAGAAUGCAGCGUUUACAAUUUUAAAUGCAAAUGUAAAAAUCUCAUGAAGGCAAAAAGCAAUGUCCUCUAGUCUUCUUUAGUUCUAUUUACAAAGGUGGUGGUUAGGAAUAAUCAAAACAGGAAUUCAUGGAAGCAUCCUGGCAGUAUAAGGUUACUGUCACUUGCCAUUUUUUUUACGUUUUUGUUACACAUGUAUUUGUGAGGUGUGAAAAAUAACAUCUAAAGGGAGAAACUCACUUAGUCAACAUAGUGAAAGUAUACAAAGGAAAAAAAUGUGAAGACCUUUGUUAGUCCCUAUUUGCAAUGCAUCCCCCCUGACCGUGAUGUGAUGCAGUUUGCUAAAUACUUAAAAGGACACUAAGAACCAAAAACAAUGCAUCUGUCCUCAGUAAGAGUAGUGCUAACAUUUGUCAGCCAGAAUGCCUCUUGUGGCUGUCCGACACCACUAGAGGUACUUCUUGUGAAGCUUUAGAUUACGUGUUUCUCUAGGAGAAGCAUUGGAUUAGCCAGUAAUGACCUCUGAAGAUCUGCAGCGUCGAGACCUGGACAGCGAUGUGAAUUAAUAAUUUACUGGGGGCAACACUCAAUAGACCGAAAACAGGCGCACUCGAACAUAUUUAUUUUAAAAGAAAUAUUAACACAAGUUUAUAGCUACUUGAUGUUUAAUGGUGGAAUGCUGAGAAGUGCUAGUUCCCAUUUAAAUGUAAUAUUCUUUUAGAAGACAUGUGCAUAUUUGUUGUAUGUUUUAAGAUGAUGUGAUUCAAUUAACCACCAUUGCAGUGCCCUACAUUGCUGACUGUAAACUUUUCCUUUUGGUGCAGAAGCAUCGGAUGAAGAUAUGUCCUUUUUGCAUACUGAUCGAACCGUCCCACAUACCCUUGUGGAUGUUUCUGAUUUUGAGUGCUCCCUGUGUAUGAGGUUGGUAAUAGUAUUGCUAUCAGAAUAAACCUCAGCUUGAUAGUAGCUGAAACGUUCUUUUGAUUACUUGACUAAUUCUCAUCUGCACUAUAUCUAUAUCGAACUCUACCUCUUCACACUAAAUAAAAAUUGAAUUGGGUGCAACAUUCCUGGAAGUACUGUCCACACAUUUUUAAAGUAUUUGUGUUAUUUUUUUUUUAGAUUAUUCUAUGAACCAGUGACCACACCAUGUGGACAUACCUUUUGCAAGAAAUGUUUGGAACGCUGUUUAGAUCACACACCCCAUUGUCCUUUAUGCAAGGAAACUUUGACAGAGGUGAGUUAUUUUACUUUCUUAAACUGUAAUUUUUUUUUUUAAUUAUAUAUAUUUACGUUUGUUUAAUAGUUUCCAAUUGAUUUAUAUUUUCAUCCUGCAUGCAUUCUUCCUGAAUGGUGUUGCAGUGCACAAAGUGACAGAUUCAGAGGCUUCUCAAAGGUUAUUUCCCUGUAAAGAGACAGUCUUUUCUGGGGAAGAAGGGGAGUGCUUGCAAAGGCUACAGCUUUUUUAAAGCCCCUUUUUUCGUAAUCUCCUCAGUGACUGUGCGUAAUUAAAUGCAUGUAUUUAUUGGGAAUAUAUCUAAUAUAUAUCUUUCAUACAAGAUCCCGCACACUCAGCUCACAGAAUGUAAUAGUUUGGUUGUGGGAUGUUUGGUGGUUUUUUUUUUUUUUUAACCACUGACCGAGGCAAAAAUAAUUGGGGGCAUAUACAUGGGGUGGUCCAGGGAAGAGACCGUCGUUUGUUCUUUCACCCUGGUAAACGCAAUACUUACUGGUGUGAACAGAGCAAUGCAGACAAGUUAAGUUAAUUUUUUUUUUUUUUUUUAUAUAAUCGUAGUUCUUUGCUGAACCACAUUUCAGCAGCUUUGCUGCCUUGUGAUACUGUGGUCAUUUGCAUAUACACUGUCAUCUAACAGAGAAAUUCCAUGUAAGUGCAUGCACAUUCUUAACUCUGUCCAAUAGUGCAGAGCACUAAAAUACUUUUUUUACGUACUUUGCAUGGCCCUGGCCAGCACAAUUUGUAAGAUAAAUUCUUAAAUAUAAAGCUUAAAUAAAUAACAGAACUCUAACUUUUAGUUAUCGGUUUGCUUAUGCUAAAAUUACCUUCUUUUUAAAGUGCGAUUAGCACUUGCAGACCUGGUAGUUUUUAAUGUUAAGGUGAUCAUCAUAAACAUUCAAUGUAACUAUCAAACUACUCCGUAACUGAUUAAACAAAAAGGUUGUAGGAAGUUGAUGCUAAAAGCCAGUUGGCAUGUUAUAAAAUUAUGUAACUUCUACCAUUUCACUGCAGGGCAUAUGGAAAGCUUAUUUCAGCUUUCUGUUAAUGGUAAAUGGGGCCCAGAGCAAACCAAUAUUUCUUGGCUGACUAUCGAUAGUUCUAUACAUAUUUAAUUUCUAUACGUUGCUCUCUGUAGUGGUCAUGGUGCAACAAGUGCCCUCUGCCCAUCCUUGUAAGUAAUCUAUAUAUUUUUUUUUUCUUUAAUUUUUUUUUUUUUUUUUUAGCAUUUUAACUUUUUGAUUGUGGUCAGCUGGGCACACUGUGCCACCUCUUAUUCGUAAUGGCAGAGAGCGAGUUCCUUAGCAGGUGCUUCCCUUGGAUAUACUAAACUGACAAACCUUAAUGGGUACUUGUUUGUUUGAAUCACACUAGAGCAGUUUGAUAAAAUAAGAAUCCGUUUAAUUUAAGUAUUUGUUUUGUACCUCAAAAACAAGCAAACUCUUGAGGUAUGUGUAAUAUGGUAGCUGCUACAAAGUCUCAUUGUACUUUGAUAAUUUUCAGCAGCACAAAGUCAUAUGUAGUCACUUUUGGUGCCCAUUAAGAUGAUUGUCUAUUUGCUGUACAAUUGAGACUCUCUUUAUUUAUUUUUUGUAGUAUCUAUCAGGCAGAAAUUACAAUGUUACUUACUUGGUGGAAGAUCUUAUUAAGUGUUAUCUCCCCGAAGAGUUGGCAGAGAGGAGAAGGAUUCAUGAAGAAGAAACAAAUGAGCUGUCAAAGUAAGUUGAUCUGAAUAACCAGAUGUAUCUGUAUAUGUUUCACAUGCAUAAAGUAAUUGUUCACAUGCUGGGUUAAAAUUAAAGAACAUUCACUUUGAUCUGUACCUUGCCUUAUGCUAGUAGUUCAUUAAAUAUAAUAAAACAUUUUAAAAAAUUACUCUCCUCACCUGUCAAUUUUUUGGGCAUGGAGGUCAACACUGAGAAAUGAAUGACAGAGACCAGGACAACCCUUCUGCAGGCAGAACUGAUACUCUUCAUCACUGCAACUACAAUGCAUGUGUUGUAGUUGCUUUAAGUUUUCUUUUAGUGAAGGUGUCUCAUAUUUUCUAGAUAAAUAUAGGAGCAAAUUUAGUUAUCAAUUUAUAAAAUACUGCCAUGACUGCAAUGAAAUAAGCAUGUUUGUAUUAGAAAUAAGCAUGUUUGUAAUUUAAACAUGAUCGGUAGGGUAGUAGUUGGGUGCUUGUUAUUUCAGUGUAAUACCUGUGAUACGGUCGCUCCAAAAAAAAUCUUAAGGUAACCUAUAAAUUCAGACUUCUUAAAAAUGUUGGUAUUUACUUAUUUUUAAAUGUUUCCUCUUGCCUUUUGUUCUCCAGCUUAACAAAAAAUGUGCCUAUGUUUGUUUGUACAAUGGCAUAUCCUACAGUGCCUUGUCCUCUCCAUGUAUUUGAGCCUCGAUACAGACUGAUGAUCAGAAGGUGUAUGGAAACCGGUACCAAGCAAUUUGGAAUGUGCAUAAGUGACCCAGAAAAGAGGUAAAGAUCAUGGGUACAAUACUCCAAAAAUACAUACAGACCUCAAACUUGUCCCUAUGCUAAUCACAUGAUGCCAGUAUGUUAUCUGCCAUUUAGAAGUUAAUAAUUUGGGUUAUGCAGCCAUUGACUGACCCAUAUACCCGCUAUUAAACAGUUUAAUAUUUUAACUACUAAAUGGCAGAGACUUCAACAGGGAGACUGUGAGGGCAUUAUCCACACACUAAAAUAAUUUCCAUUAAAGUAAAGUUGUUUUGGUGCUUGGUGUCCCUAUUAAUCCAUCGCAAAAGUUUCUCAUGUAGCUGACCACUAGAUGGUGUCUGAAUUCAAAUCCUGAGUUCUCUGAAUAAAAGUGCACAUGACUAGAGAUGUACUUUCUGAGAGGAGAUGAUUCUAGAAACCCUGUUGGCUGCCUAAUCCCUCAUGGUUAUUCACUAAAGUGAAAACUGUCAGGAAUUCAAAGUACAUUUCAAAUUUAAAGCCAAAAUAACAGACUUGGAGAAUGGUUCCAGUUUGGCUAUCUUUUUUUGUAAAGGUUUACGCCACGCUCCAUUGACACCUCACUGAUCUAUAGUCACCAUGGUGCUUGGGGUCUGUGUUUGCAGCGUUUAACCAUUUGCUGUGGAAGGUGUAACGUUUUGUUUUUUUCUGGCAGUGUCCAUUUUUUUUAUUAUUUUUUUUUAUUUUUUUGUCAUUGGCCAACUGGAGCAAGAGUUCCUUCCGUUUACUUAUAGGUCUUAACAUGAAUUUUAGAAUUUAACAAACUGAUCUCCUUCAGUUUUGCAGAUUAUGGGUGUAUGCUGCAAAUACGAAAAGUUCAUUUCUUACCUGAUGGCCGUUCCGUGGUGGAUACUGUUGGUGGAAAACGAUUUCGCGUUUUGAAAAGGGGAAUGAAAGAUGGUUAUUGCACCGCUGACAUUGAAUACUUGUCAGACAUUCAGGUAGCCUAUCUUUAUAACUUAUAUUUGUAUGGGUGCUUUAGGCCUACAUCUUCUAAUGUGAGAUGUGAGGGGCUUUUCAAAGAAAAAAAGGGAAUUGUGGCAUACCCAUAACUUACAUUUCUCAGAAGUGGUGCUGCCCUAAAGACUAAAAUGUAUACAAAAUACAGAUUAAGGAACAGCACCACACUAAAAAACCUUUACAUUUUCAAGGCUACUCAACCCUGCCUAUCUUGGCAAACAAAUAUGGGGAUUCCGUUACACUGCACCUAUUGUAGCAUGGGAGACAAGCCUAUUAAAUGUGAUACUUACUGUUGAGAUACUGCUCAAAUUAAUGUUUUCCUGUAGUCACCUUCAAAAGGGCACCUAUAGUAGAGGGGCAGGGUGCUAUGCCCAAAUGGAAUCUGGUUGGGAUUCCAAAUAUACACAGAGAAGGGAAAACCUACAUCAAAUCUGUAUGACACUUCUAUCCAAGUUUAUUUCUUUGGUUAGACGUUGAUGUAACCAUAUUGCAACACAUUGUUUCUUUACAUCAGGUUGCAGAAGAAGAGGAGUUGCAGCAGUUCAGAGAACUCCAUGAUGCUGUAUACAAUCAGGCCUGUCGCUGGUUCCAAAACUUAAGAUACAGAUUUCGCAGCCAAAUUCUGCAUCACUUUGGUUCAAUGCCAGAAAGGGAAGAAAAUAUACAGGUAUCUCCUCCCACCCACCCCACUUCUCAUCUAUCUCAAGAACGUGUGUUUUUGUAUGUUUUGUUUUUUCACGUUCUAAAGUACUGGAACAGUCUGUGUCUGCAAACAUUUUUGUGUCAGUGGUUCAACUCUCUUUGUAGUGUGCAAUUACCUAAAUUGAAACCUGGAUAGUAGUAACUUAAGCUCUGUAAUAUUACAGAACAUGUAGCUAAAAAACUGGAUUCCCCUGUUCCAAAUUGUUGCUUUCUAUGCACUAGCCCUUCAUGGUGUUUUAAUUAAAAAAAAAAAAUAUAUAUAUAUAUAUAUAUUUAUUUAUUUUAUCUGUUUAACACUAGUAUGGUAGACUAAUGUGUGCGUUCUUACGCCUCAUUGGACAUUUUGUAUUUGUUGCCAAUUUUGCGGUUUUCUUCAGGUUAAUCAUUGAUUUAGAUCACUGACGUUUUCUGUGUUAUGCUUUUUGGUUUUUUGGUUUAUCUUACAUUGGUCACAUUUGGCUGUCUCAUCUUUAUAAAUGCUUGUGUCAGAUAUUUAUCCCCUGUCCAAAAACUUUAUUUGCUCGUUUUAAAUGGAGAAAAAAAUGUUUGGCUCAUUGUGUUGACAAAGCAUCCUUUAUAAUGAAUUCCCUGUGUUUGGAAUCUGUUCUUUAAAAACAAACCUAUCGGAAUUAAUUGAAAAAUACAGCAUGUUUUCUUCAAUCUCUAGUAUUCUUUCCAAACCUUGUUGUUAAGGUUUUAUGUCUUUCAAUUUUUAGGCAAUUCCAAAUGGACCUGCGUGGUGCUGGUGGCUGCUUGCUGUUUUACCUGUGGACCCCAGGUACCAGCUGUCUGUACUUUCUAUGAUCUCUCUCAAGGAUCGUCUCCUGAAAAUCCAGCACAUAUUGACGUAUUUUUCUAGAGAUCAGUCCAAAUGACUAACCGCCUGGAGCUUCCUGAAAAGUUACCCACUCCUAACUGUAAUAGCCGCAGGAUUUUUUGCCUUCUUUGCACAUCUAACAUUAACUUGAGACCUUGGUGUGAACAAACAUUCUCACAUUUGUGGAUCUCUGUCAGAAGAAAAUGUAUUUGGAAUCAUUCAGCUGCUGUUGUAUUACAAUGAACUUGCACUAUGUAUAAAGUUGUUUGUUAUAAUUUUUUUACAUUUUGUGUUUAUAUGAUAUAAAUGCAGUGCUUAUUUUGACUUCAAGACUUCCAGGAGUGUACAGUUUUGCUGCUUCCAGCUAGCUAUAUAUUUUUUUGUGAAUUUUCAGCUUGAAGAUACAGAUCUAACAAAUGGAAAUUUUUAACUCUAUUUGGUCAUUCAUUGCCUUAACAAUGCAGUGUUCUAUGUAUGUGUCUGUUUUCUUUCCCCAAAACUUUACAUCCUACCAAUUUACUUUUUUGCACAUAUCAUAUUUGCUAAUAUAUAUUUAUUUUUAUCAUACAAAAAAACAUUUCAAUAUAACCAUUUUUAAAACGUUCUUUUUAUUGGACUUGUGCCCUGAGUAAUGCUUAUUCUUCCCUAUACUUAUGCCUGUCACUGGAAAGAUUAAUGGAAAUACUCCUUUAGAGGUCCAUGGCAGUCACUACUUGACUUCUGUAGUUAAUGCUGCAAAUCCUAGUGGAAAAAAUAAUCCAAUUUAUCCUUGGUUUUAAAAUGUGUUCUAAGUGCACGCCGGAUGUUUUUUGGCAACUUUUUGUUCAUAUUAUAAAAGGGAGUCCACCAUAGAAAAGUUUAUCAUUUUAUUUUUUGUACAUGUAUUGUGAUAUCAUGUGGUUCAAUGUUAUCAAAAAUGUACAUGUAAAGUCUGUGGGGGUUUUUUUUUCACAUUUUAAAGGAACUCUCCCAAAUGAAAGAAUAAAGCAAUAUAAUACUUGGCUUAUAACCCUUGCUCGACUCUGUGCAGCUGCACUACUGUCAUUCAGCAUCUAUGCAUGGAGAUGCUAAACUCUCACCAUAGACAUGCAGAGUAGGAGACCCUGAAUGUCAGUCCUGCCAUUUUUGGUGAACUGAACCCAGGAAGUCAUUCUAGUGACUGUAGGAAUAACAGCCAUUAGAUAUGGUCUGAGGCAGUGCUCACACUACUGUAGCUGCAGGGAAAGGCUAUUUGACCCAGAACAACUACAUGUAGUGGUUCUGGUGCCUAUAGUGUCCCUGGAACGCUUGUAUGCAUUGGUUACAAAAUCAUUAGUAUAGGUUUGCUGUUUACUAAACUGAGAAAUGUAAAGCAAAUUGAAAACAAAUGAAGUUGGAAAACACUCCUACUGAACAAUUUGGUAUGCAGUGAAUAACCCUUCCAGUAAAACCUAUUUACCCCACAUCUAUUACCAAGGGUAACAUGGGUAGACAUUCAUUAUAGGUAUACCUUCUAAUGUUAAAGGGUAGAUCUGAAUUGCACAGUUUAGCUUUUUCAAAUGAUUUGAUAUUUUUGGAUAAACUUAAAAAAAAUAAAAAUAAAUAAAAUUCCCUGAAAUGUGGUAUGUAAAAAUAAAUCCAUAUAUUACAAAAAUAAAAUUUCAAUAUUUUUCAAAAUAUUAAAUGACUUUGUCCCAAAAUAUUCAAUAACUUAAAGUUUAUCCCAAAAUAUGAAAUCAAGGCCUGUAUUUGGAGAACACAUCUAAUAUAGGAUUCACCUUGGAGCUAAAAGUGCGUAGAUAAUGAAGUACCAGAUUAGAAUCUAGUGAGAAUAAUUUCUAAUUUAAUGCAGGCAUGUUGGCAACAUUGAUGUUUAUUGGCAGGUUAAAUUGGCAAUUUAAAUAAAAAAAUUUUUAUAUUGUAUUUAUUUUUAGACAUGGAUGCACGAACAUGAUUUAGAAAGAAACAAUAGUUUGGUACUUUAUUUUUUUUUUUUUAAAUAUUUUUUAUAUAUAUAUUUCUGUAAUAGGCCACAGAGAGCGAGAGCAGUGGGCCUGAAAGUCAUUAUUCUAAUCCAAAUAAAAAAAACAAAAAACUUUGAUGUAUGCAUGUAUUAGCAUCUUAUUACAUCGUUACAACCUUGACUUGGAAUGGGGUGUGAGGUCGAGCCAAUUUGGAUUUCUUGUGGUUUUCUACGGAAGAAUUGUUCAAUUAGGACAUGAGCCUCAGCACAUGAUCAGUGAUUCCAUGUCCUUAUACAAUUAAUUGGUCCUAUCAUCCAUGGCAGGAGUUCAUAUGCACUUGUGUCACUGGCGUUAUUUAGUGGUGGUCUUGCAGGUUUCUCUCUUACAAUGUCAAAGUAAACCUUAAAUUUUAAAUAGAAGUACCGGUAUUUUUCUAGUAGUAAAAUUCUAAUCUUAAAUGUCUUUGAACUGUUAUGCUAUGAAUGGAAUUUUGCUGUAACCUAAAGUUGUCGUCUGCUCCUCUGGCUGAUUUGAAAUCUAGUUUAUGUCCACAAAGCUGUUUGUGAAAAGAAAACAUUUGAACUUCUGUAUCACAUUUUCAUUUUGCAUAUUAUGUUGCUAAAUGCACACGUGAUGUUUUUUUGUUUUGUUUGUGUUUGCUUUAGCAUUUGUAACUUUUCUUCCCAAACCAAAAAAAACUAUCAAUCACCUACUCAGAUGUUUGAUAGCACCAUACUAUUGAAUGUGGACUUUUUAGUUAUUUUUUUUUAUCACCUCUCGUAUUUUGUACACAUCAGUUUGUAAAAACAUGUAAAUUAUACCAAUAUUUAAUUUUUAAAGAACUUGAAGCUAAUUUGUCUGUUAUAUGAUUCAUUAUUUUAGAAAUUAUAAUGAAGUCCUUCUACUUUCCCUCUGAUGUGGAAUGCAUAUUACCAGACCUUCCACUUCAAAAGAUAAAGCAUACAUACGUAGUCAAACGUUCUGCUGCAAUUCAACAAAAACAUUUAGAAUGGACAGCGUGGUUUUAUGAUUAAGAACAUUUCCAAGUAUUUUGACACUAUACACUGGAGUAAGCAAC